AUGGGCAAUAAACAUAAGGGCAAAGGUUAAACCUGGGUGGCGGAUCACCGAUCAACGGAAAGAGCCGAAGAUGUCGGCUUGGUCAUGUGAUCAGCUGUGUACAAUCACAGCUGAUCACAUAGGAGAGCCGGUAAUCAGCAUUCCUCAGAGGGGACAUGUGCACUGAUCAUCAGGGCACUGAUGAUCAGUCAGUGCCACCUGUCAGUGUCCAUCAGUGCCAGCUGUCAGUGCUCAUCAGUGCCACCUGCCAGUGCCCAUCAGUGCCUACCAGUGCACAUCAAUGCCACAUAUCAGUGCCCAUCUGAGCUGCCUUUCAGUGUCAACCAUCAGUGCCAGUCAGUGCCACCUAUCAAUGCCAGUCAGUGCCACCUAUCAGUGCUGCCAGUCAGUGCUACCUAUCAG